CGGGCUAUUCGGCUAUAGGCGAAGACGCCUCCAAUUCCUCUGGAGGUGGGAGCGGAUGUCAGGGGAAGGGCCUACAGUGACGGCUGUACUGGACUACAGCCACGGUAGACAGGAGGCGAAACUAAAGGUGAACGUAGAAGGGGGAAAAGAAGAAGAAAUGAGGUCAGACCAAGGUGUUGGACUGCCAGCCCGUGCUCCAUCACGUGAUUGUGCAGUCGUAGCAUCGGUUGUUGCUCCAGCUGGCUGUGUACAUCUUAUGUCAGCUGAUGUUGUGGCAGAUGCUGCUGCACCUCCUGUUGCUGUGCCAGCUGUUGCUGCUCCAGGUCUGUUGUUGCAUCAGCUGCAUUGGUUGAUGCUCCAGCUGGCUAUGUUAGCUGGCUAUGUUCAAUUAGUAGCAGCUGUUUUUGUGGUAGUUGUUGUGGUGUCAGCUGUUGUUGCAUCGGCUGUUGGUGAAGCGGGUUUGGCUCCACAAGCUCCUGUUUGUGUUGCUGUUGAGGUGUCGGCAGACAUUGCUCCACCUGUCCUUGGUCUGUCCUAUCUUUGUGCAAAUGUUGUAGUAGCAGCUGCUGCUCCAGCUGGCAAUGCUCAUUUGGAGCUUGCGUACCCUGUUGCUGCGUCAGGUGCUCUUGUGACAGCAGUUGCUGAUGAGGUUGCUGUUGCUGUUGAGCAGUUCCGACUACCUCGUCGUGUUCGAGCGCCAGCAACUAAACCCGCGCGGGAUCGUGCUGUGGCCGUCCGGGCAAGUCAUGCAAGCAGACGUCGGGGAGUGCGUAGGGUCUGGGGAUUGACAUUGCUUCUCUCCUUGUGCCUCUUGCAAGCACCGAGUAGGAUGUACCCCUCCUUCCCCUUUUGGGGGGUCAUUCUGAGGUUUGUGGUCUUGGUGUUUGGGCAGUGGUGGUUCCCACUGUUGUGAGAAGGCAUCAUCUUUGAUCUUAUUUAGCAGGGAGUUGGCUUUAAGCCACACAUCCCGGGGCUUAAAACUUUUAACAGCUCCUUCCACAAGA